GUUCUUUAUAUCAGUGUUAUUUCACUCCCUUGUAGUGUAGGUUGUAGGACGUCUGUGAAAAUUAGAAAUUGAACAAUGAAUUUCACAGAGGAAGAAUCACCCCUCCAACGAACAGACCUAACAAAAGACAAGAUCACACAAUGGGUGGACUCCCAAUAUCGUGGCGAGGCUAUAUCGAUAGAUGUGUACGGCAAGCCGAGCCAGGCGCAGUUACUAGAGUUGGAGAACGUCAGGCGGCUGAGUAAAGAACUACAGGAUAACUUACAUGAACUAGAAAAUUCCAUCCGCAUAGCCGACGUGGAGAACCAAGCAAUGAAUCCAACAGCUCCAAUCCUUGACUAUUCAGAAGACCACGAGUUCGUUUCCGCCAACCAGCUCGAUGACUACUACGCGAAAGAAGACCAAGCUGAUGCCAUGGCAGAAGAACAGCGUCGUCUGACGAAGGGUAAAGCGUCAAGGACAGACAUACAGACGUUUUAUAGAAACCAGUGUGUUUUGGUUACGGGUGGCACCGGGUUUCUGGGGAAAGUACUAAUAGAGAAAUUAUUACGUUCGUGUGGAGAUUUGGAUACAAUAUACGUUCUAGUGAGACCUAAAAGAGGAAAAGAUGCACACACAAGAAUACACGAGAUGCUGGAUGAUUUUCUUUUCAAAAGAGCACACGAAGAGAACCCAAAAGGUAUACAUAAGGUGAUCCCAGUUCUUGGUGACAUGGAACAGCCUGGUUUGGGACUUAGCCCAGAAGAUAGGAAGAUGCUUACAUCAAAGGUGUCAAUAAUAAUAAACUCAGCAGCCACAGUGAAAUUUGACGAGAAGUUAUCCGUAGCUACCGGUAUAAACGUGCGAGGAACUAAGGCAGUGUUGCAAUUGGCCAAAGAGUGUAAACACUUGAAAGCUAUGACGCAUGUGUCCACGGCUUUUUCGCAGACACAUGUUAGGAAUAUUGAGGAGAAAUUUUACGAACCGCCGAUGUCAGUGGAGGCGUUAGAAGCAGUAGCUGAGUUAGAUGAUGACGUCAUAACUUCGAUAUUACCAGCGCUUCUAGGAAAACAUCCAAAUACUUAUUGUUUCACGAAGGCAGUCGCUGAGGAAGCUGUCAGGAAGUAUGGCGAAGGAAUGCCCAUUUGCAUCUUGAGACCUUCUAUUGUCAUAUCAACAUACGAAGAGCCAGUCCGCGGUUGGACGGACAGCGUGUACGGACCCACGGGUCUUGUUGUUGGCACCGGGAUUGGCGUACUUCGCACAAUGUACAUGGAUUUGGACAAAGUAGCAGACAUGGUGCCGGUGGAUCUGUGUGUGAACGCCAUUAUCGCCUCUACUUACCAUACUGCUAAGAACUUUAGGGAGAACCAAACAUCCCACAUCCCAAUAUACAAUUUCGUCUCGGGAUCCCAAAAUCCCACGACAUGGGGAGAAUUUAUAGAAUCCAACCGACGACAUGGUACCACCAGACCCACUACUAAAGCUGUAUGGUACUACGGUUUAACACCAACGAAAAGUUACUACAUGUUCUUAUUCUAUAAUUUCUUUCUACAUUAUUUACCGGCUGUGUUGAUUGACGCUUUUUGUGCUCUAACUGGAAGGAAACGGAACAUGCUAAAAUUCUACAACAAAGUGCGGAAACUAGCGAACAUAUUGUUCUACUUCUCGACACAAGACUGGCGCUUCACGGACACCAACGUUCAGGACAUGUGGCACAGUCUAACGAGCCCAGAUCGAACUGUGUUCCCUUUCAACAUGGCGGAUAUGUCUUGGGAAUAUAUGGCUGAGACCUUUUUGUUGGGACUUCGAGUGUAUUUGGUGAAAGACGAUCUUUCAACAUUACCAGAAGCAAGGAAGAAGUGGAACAGGUUAUACUACAUGCACCAAACAUUGAAAGUUCUUACAUUGUGUCUUGUUAUAUAUUUAGCGUAUUCAGUACUUAAUUUUAUUAGUUGGAUGAUAUUAGGUUGAUGUUUUUAGAAAUAAUCUAUAGCAUAAGACCAUCUUUAUUUAUGUUUCAAUUUCCCGCCAAAAUUUUGAGAUUAUAUAACAAAUAUUUUUCAAUUUGAAUUAUUUUGAAUUAAUUUAUGGAAAUUUAUAUAGGGUGCUUUUGCACCAAUAAUGUGCGAGGAAUGUGUUUGUAAAUAACCAAUAGUAUCGCUUCAUUUAGUUUGAAGUCAGAAGCGACACCUACUAUUGGUUAUUUACAAACACAUUCCUCGCACAUUAUUGGUGGAAAAGCGCCCUAGACGGGCUAGACCUCAAAUAUUAAAAUCAUCUUAUCUUAGCAGGGUUUUAUAUGUCAAAAAUUCAUCUUAAAAGAUGACAUAACAUACAUAUAGACAUCUCUUUCUAACUCUAUUUGAUGCUGUGAGUAAAAACGUCGAUUUUGAUAACUUUUUAGUAUUAUUUGAAAUUCGUUAAUUGUAUUAAAACAUACAUUCCAAUAGAAGAAAUUAUAGUUACUAAGGUUUUUUUUUAUAUAAAAUAACAGGGAAAAAGAAGGUUGCCAUUAGUUUUAAGCACAUUUUUUGUAUUUAGAUAAGUAGAUAAAUAAUGUGAUAGUUGAAAUAAAGAGAUUAUAAUAUUAUA